AUGGGCGCAGGCGCACAGGCGAAGCGGCUGGCCCGCCCUGGGCCCGCCAUCUAUGCGCUGCUGCAGUUGAUGGUGCUCGCCACGAUCGGCGUAUGGUACCUCUUCAGCCCGACAGGCAGCUGCGGGAGAGGGAGCCUUCCUCGCCUGCUGGUUGGGGGCUUCUGGCAGUCGAGGCCCGCCUUCCCCAUCAAGGGCAGUGUGCACCCGCUGGGUGGAAGCCAGCGCUACACGCAGGCGGUGGGAUUGCAGAUAGCAGAGCUCUGUCGCGGGAACCAAGCCGAGGAGCUGGCCAGCAGGUUCCUGGAGCUGAGCGCCGCCACACCAAAUUUCACCGCCUGCCCCAGCAAGCACUGGCUGACGAAGUUGCAGGGCUACACCAGCGCCGCUCUGUUUGGCCUGUGGGCGCCCGAGCUGGAAUUCACGCCAAAGGCGAUCCGCAAGGUUGCGCCAGCCACCCCCUGCGGCGCCUGUGGCGAGUGCGAGCAGGAGGCCGUCCUGGGCGCAGCCUUGCAGGCCAAGGGCAGCGGGCUGCAGGUGCUGUGUGUGGAGCCUCACCCGCUGCGCUACUCAGCGCUGGUGGAGCUGCGGGAGCACUUCUUCACUGGCUCGGUGCCAGGCAUGCGAUGGCGCCUGAUGCAGUCGGGGGUGGGCAGCGGCAGCAGUGGUGCCUCAGUGGCGCUGUGCCCCAUGGACGGUGGCAGCUGCAGCCUGGCCCCUCCAGCAGAUGCGGGAGGCAACCUGGAGGCUGAUGUGGUGCCUGUGGUGACUGUGGAUGAGCUUCUAGCCAUGCACCAGCUGCAGCACGCAGACCUCCUGAAGGGGCACUGCCCACAAGGCCCGUAUGCCACUGACCUGCUCUGCUGCUGCCUGUUGCGCCCUUCCCUGGUGCAGAUUGAUGCAGAAGGCUUUGAGCUGCCAGCAUUGGGCGGCGCCGUGGCCAGCAUUGCAGCUGGCAGGGUGGGCGUCCUGACCUUUUCGUACGGCGGGCACCAGGAGUGGCAGAACGGCAAGCUGCUGGACGCGGUCGCGCGCUUAGAUGAGCUGGGCUAUUCAUGCUACCUCGCAGGCAAGCAAACUUCCGAGGGCUCACUAGCUCGGCUGACGGGCUGCUGGAGGCCCAGCUAUGAGACACACACGCCCAGCACCAUCGUGUGCGUGCCGCGGAGCCAUGCGCUGUACCCUCAUGUGGAGCGCAUGAGCCUGCGGUACGGUCUGUACCGCGAGGUGUACUACGAGCAGGACGCCGGCCCUGGAGAAUUGGGGGAGCAGCCGGAGGAGGCCAUGGGGCCUGUGGACCGGCUGCUUGGCGGCGAGACGCGGGACGAGCUGCGUCCGGCAGAGGUGCUGCCGCAGGAUCACGGCGACCUGCUGCUGACAGAGGCGCAGCAGUGGGAGCUGAAUACCAAGCGGAAGAAGAAGGAGGAGGAGGCUGCGCAGGCGGUGUGGGCUGCCUUUGCUGCGGCCACACUGGCCAAGGCUGCAAAGGCCCUGGCCACAACCGGGCAAAUGCCUGUGACCGGCAACGCCACAGAGUGGUCUGCCGCACCAGACGGCUUUGUGUUCCAAGACCCCCAGUCACGCUGCCUGCUCCACCCCAACGGCACCGCCGAGCCGCCGCCGGGAUGGCGCAAGGACACCGCCCUGCCGUUCCUCUUUGACAUCGACAGCAUGCCCACGCGCGACACCGUCUGCCCGCACUGCCCGGCCGUGGAGAAGCCACCGAUAUGCUGUGGGGUGUGCAUCUUUGAGAGCCGGCUGUGCGAGCAGUACUACCCGAGGCAGAACAAGAGCGAGGCAGUUGCGCAGCAGCUGCUGGACAGCGGGUACCAGCUGCGGGCCUUCACACCCUGCGAGCUGUUCCAGCGCAUCCGCGGCCGCACGCUGUGGUUUGUGGGCGACAGCCAGACCUGGCACUUCUUCUACUCGGCAGAGUGCUUCCUGCGCAGCUUUGCGCCCUCGCUGCGCCGCACAGCGCCGCUAUCCUGGGCGCUCAGCCAGAAGCUGGUCACCGUCACGUGGCCUGUCAAGGUGCCGCCCAUCUGCCUGGAGCUUGUGCUGGGCACGCGUGUGUGCGCGGUGCGGGUGGACACAGUCACCGCUUUUAUGGGCACGGUGAUGCCGACACUGCACAAGAACACACCCAACUUCAAGAGCGGCAUCAUGAUCUACAACACAGGGCUUCACUACGGCACGCCCGGCAUGGAUGGCAAGCCCGCCAACGCCAGCCAGCUGUACAGCGAGCUGUCCCGCCUGGUCAAGUUCAAGCGGCAGUACGGCGCGGAGAUGCCCAAGAUGGUGUGGAUGGACAUCCCCCACUUUUCCGGCCCCGACGGCUCGUACAGCGGCGGCGAGAAGCCCUUCACCUGCAAGCCGCUGGCUGCCUGGGGCAAGGGCGACCCGGUGGUGGGCGGCGGCGGCCGGCGCAACCUGCCGCUGGCGCCCCUCGUGCCGCACUUUGCGGACGCACACCUGCGCACCUGGAAUGCAAGCAUCCCGUUUUGGGACAGCCACAAGCCCGGGGAGUGCACCCAUUGGUGCAGCCCCUCCGCCUACCACAUGUGGCUGUACCUGCUGAACGACGUGAUGCGGGACAGCGGGCUGGGCAACGCGGUGGCGGCGCCCGCCCGGCCCUCCAUGGCGGCAGCGGCGGCGGUAGGCGGCGGCGGUCAAGGCGGCGGCAGUAGCAGCAGCAAAGGUGGAGGAUGA